AAACAUGAAUCAAAGAUUGCAAAAGAUCCAAAGGCAAAGACAAUUUUUUAUUUCCCAUGGAACAGAACAAUGUCAAAUAGUUAACUCCAUCGUUAACAAUAGCCCUUGCUGUGGGCAUUUAUUCAAUCAGUCUUUAAUUCCUGUUUGACAAGCUUUAUAAGGUUCUUUUUCACCAACUAUCAUAAUGUGGAACAGAUACUUUACCUCCUGCCUCCUACUUUUGCUGCCUUUUAUCAGUCAAAUGGUAUACGGACAAAGAAGAAAAGGAUCAAAGCUAAAUUCACUUGCAAGGAAAAAUGAUCUCCAGGACUCCGUUUGCUUCAUAGAUGUUCUCUUCAUCGUGGACAGUUCUGAAAGUUCUAAAAUUCUCCUGUAUGAUAAGCAGAAAGAUUUUGUGGAUCACUUGAGUGACAAAAUUUUCCAGUUGAUCCCAGGUCGUUCCUUGAAAUAUGACAUCAAAUUGGCAGCCCUUCAGUUUAGCAGCUCUGUCUUUAUUGGUUCACCUUUUUCUGCUUGGAAAGACCUGCAGACAUUUAAGCAGAGGGCCAAGUCUAUGAAUUUAAUUGGGCAAGGUACUUUCUCUUAUUAUGCCAUCUCUAAUGCCACAAGGCUACUUAAGAAGGAAGGACGUAAAGAUGGUGUGAAAGUGGUUUUGCUGAUGACAGAUGGCGUUGAUCAUCCAAAGAAUCCAGAUGUUCAAAGCAUUUCUGAAGAUGCUAGACUUUCAGGAAUAUCAUUCAUCACGAUUGGACUUUCCACUGUAGUCAACGAAGCUAAACUUCGUUUGAUAUCUGGGGAUUCACCCAGCGAACCCAUCCUACUGCUGAGUGAUCCAACUCUUGAAGAUAAAAUUCAAGAUCGCCUGGAUAUUCUGUUUGAAAAGAAGUGUGAACGCAGGAUUUGUGAAUGUGAGAAGGGAGAUCCAGGUGACCCAGGGCCUCCUGGUACACAUGGAAACCCAGGUAUCAAAGGAGAACGAGGACCAAAAGGAAACCCGGGUGAUGCUCAUAAAGGAGAACCCGGAGAAAGAGGUCCUGGGGGAAUUCCUGGAUACAAGGGUGACAAGGGUGAACAAGGAGAAUGUGGUAAACCAGGAAUAAAAGGUGACAAAGGAGCUCCAGGGCCAUAUGGGCCAAAGGGACCCAGAGGACUUCAGGGAAUUGGUGGACCUCCAGGAGAUCCAGGCCCAAAGGGAUUUCAAGGCAAUAAGGGUGAUCCAGGUCCUCCUGGUCCUUAUGGUCCUCCAGGAACCCCUGGUAUUGGACAGCAAGGUAUUAAGGGAGAACGAGGCCAAGAAGGACGAACAGGGGCUCCAGGACCCACCGGAGUUGGGGAGCCAGGACAGCCAGGUCCCCGUGGUCCUGAGGGAGCACCAGGAGAGAGGGGCGUACCUGGAGAAGGAGUUCCAGGCCCAAAGGGUGAAAAGGGUUCUGAAGGACCAGUUGGCCCCCAAGGAUUACAAGGCCUAUCAAUAAAAGGGGACAAGGGGGAUUUGGGACCUGUGGGACCCCAAGGACCAACAGGCAUCCCAGGUGUUGGUAGUCAAGGAGAACAGGGAAUCCAAGGUCCUGUUGGUCCACCUGGUCCACAAGGGCCUCCAGGACAAGGUUUACCUGGUCCCAAGGGAGAAGUGGGGCAGAUGGGACCUACGGGCCCUAGAGGGCCAGUGGGAAUUGGAAUACAGGGUCCAAAGGGGGAGCCAGGCUCCAUAGGGCUCCCAGGACAACCAGGCGUACCCGGAGAAGAUGGAGCGGCAGGGAAGAAGGGAGAAGCCGGGCUUCCAGGAACCAGAGGCCCAGAGGGACCACCUGGAAGAGGACAGCCUGGCUCCAAGGGUGAUGAAGGAAAGAAAGGAAGCAAAGGAAAUCAAGGACAGAGAGGAUUUCCAGGGCCUGAAGGGCCCAAGGGAGAGCCGGGCAUUAUGGGCCCCUUUGGGAUGCCCGGAGCAGCAAUUCCCGGACCACCUGGGCCGAAGGGAGACAGAGGAGGACCUGGGAUCCCUGGAUUUAAAGGAGAACCUGGACUUUCUAUUCGAGGACCAAAGGGUGUCCAAGGCCCUCAGGGACCAGUGGGUGCUCCUGGACUCAAAGGCGAUGGCUACCCUGGUGUGGCUGGACCUCGAGGAUUACCAGGACCCCCUGGACCCAUGGGUUUACGUGGAAUUGGAGACACUGGAGCAAAGGGAGAGCCUGGGGUCAGAGGUCCUCCAGGUCCCACUGGGCCUCGGGGUAUAGGAACCCAAGGGCCAAAGGGUGAUAUUGGACAGAAAGGCUUGCCUGGCCCUCCUGGGCCACCGGGCUAUGGAUCUCAAGGAAUUAAAGGGGAUCAAGGACCUCAAGGAUUUCCAGGGCCAAAAGGUAACAUAGGUCUUGGACUCCCAGGCCAAAAGGGAGAGCAUGGAGAACAGGGUGAUGUGGGAAAGAAAGGUGAAAAAGGGGAAAUCGGAGAGCCUGGAUCCACAGGAAAACAGGGUUUACAAGGACCAAAAGGAGACCUGGGUCUUACAAAAGAAGAAAUUAUCAAACUUAUAUUUGAAAUAUGUGGUUGUGGGCCUAGAUGCCAAGAGACUCCGCUGGAGUUGGUGUUUGUGAUUGACAGUUCCGAGAGUGUGGGACUAGAGAACUUCCAGAUCAUCCAGAAUUUUGUGAAGACUCUGGCUGACCGGGUUGCCCUGGAUCUUGCCACAGCUCGCAUAGGCAUCAUCAAUUACAGCCAUAAAGUGGAGAUGGUGGCCAAUUUGAAGCAGUUCUCCAGCAAGGAUGACUUCAAGCUGGCUGUAGACAACAUGCAGUAUCUGGGGGAAGGCACUUAUACAGCCACUGCUCUUCAAGCAGCCAACGACAUGUUCAAGGACGCAAGGCCGGGUGUAAAGAAGGUAGCUUUGGUCAUCACUGAUGGACAGACAGAUUCCCGAGAUAAAAAGAAACUAACAGAAGUGGUGAAAGAUGCUAAUGAUACCAAUGUGGAGAGAUUUGUGAUUGGAGUAGUGAAGAAAAAUGACCCCAAUUUUGAAAUAUUCUACAAGGAAAUGAGGGUCAUUGCUACUGAUCGAGACCAUGUGUAUCUGUUCGAUGAUUUCCUUACCCUGCAAGACACCCUGAAGCAAAAGUUGUCUAAAAAAAUUUGUGAGGAUUUUGAGUCCUAUUUUCUUCAAGUUUUUGGUACAGUGUCACUUCGACCUGGGCUUGGGAUGUUGGGGGAAGAACUCAAUGAAUCCUCUCUAGAGCCUACAAAAGAAGUUUCUGAGCCAUUCACUGUCUUUGCAGGUCAGGAAAAAGAAAAUGAACCACCUGAGCCUACCUGGGCUGAAAGCUUGGCCACCACUGUCUCCUCCAAGGUUGCCACCACUCCUGGGCCAUCUCUUAGCACCUCUGGGGACAUGAGCACCAGAACUCCAAGUUCUGUUUGGACAUCAGAGGUGGAAAAUUUGGUGCACAAAGAUCCGAGAUGUUUGGAACCCUUGAGGCCUGGGAACUGUGGUGAUUAUGUGGUUCGAUGGUAUUAUGACAAACAGGUCAACUCCUGUGCCCGCUUUUGGUUCAGUGGCUGUAAUGGCUCAGGAAAUCGCUUCUACAGUGAAAAGGACUGUCAAGAUGUCUGCAUUAAAGAAUGAUCAAGUAAACUUGCCUAUCUAUAUUGAAAGUCUGGAAAGAGCACAAUACAAAUGAAGCAAUAUGUUGAAAUAUAUAAGAAUUUAUAAUUUACAAGUUAAUUGAAAUUUCAGUCCACUGUAAGAUGUAGAUAUAUUAACUGCUUAAAAAAGAUUACAAAGCUAAGAAUCUGACACUUUUAGUAGCUUGUCAACUGUCACCCAACUGAAAGUGUGUGAAUUUGGAUUAAGGGGUAUUUAACUUCAGUAUGCAGUUCUGUUUAACAAUGUGUAGUAUGAUUCUUAUACCUGUUUCUUCCUAUUAUUUGUAUUAUGUUGGAUCAAACCCCACCCUGCACAUGCUCCCACUCCCCCAACACUCACACAUCACCCUGUCAGUAAUGAAUGGUAAGUGGUGGGGAAACUUAGGUUUGAACUUCGAGGGGCCAUGUAUGUGCAUGAAUGCUGAGUGAGGAGGGGGAAGAGCGAAGGCAUGUUUACAGCAGAUGCUGUAAAAGUGAUCAUAAAGAGAAAUCAAGCUAAAUAAAAAUUACUUAACUCGAA